AUGCGCCUUUGGCGACUCCUUAUUUAUUUUACACUUUUAAAUGUUUACUUUAUUUGUGUUGAAACUUUAAAAGGUAGUAGGGAAUAUUUGUUUUUAGAAUUUUUUGAAAUUUUAGUUGAUGGCAAGUUUGAAAAACAGAAAAUUGAUGAAGUGAAACCAAAGGAAUUGAAAUUGGAAGCAGAAACUAAACGUAUGACUUUUAGAUGUUCGGUGAACACAGUUAUAGUAAAAUCCGUGAUAUUUUUUGGUUUAUUGUUGGGCAAAAAAUCCGAUAAUUUAUCUUGUCAGAACAUAAAAAUUAAAAUUUUAACACUUCAAGAUUAG